AGUAAAUUGGGUUUCGUCACAUGGUUGGUGAAAGUCGGUCGGCUUUACGGGGAUUGAUAAGGAACAAAAGUACAGUAGUCAGGUCAGGAUAGGAUAACGAGGGCGGGCGACGGGCGCGCAUGCGUACACAAGUCACAGACUCACAGGUAGGGGUGUGUAGUCGGUACUAAGGUACUCAAAACUAAUGUACUGGAGUCUGGGUACAUGUACCACGUCGCGUGGUUGCUAUCUUCCCUGCUAUCGCUCUUAUUCUUAUUCUUUUUAUUCUUCUUCUUCUUCUUCUUCUUCUUCUUCUCCUCUUCUUCCUUCACUCAACUACUACUACUACAAUAGCAACAACAAUAUUCGCUGCUCCCACCGGCCCAAGACCAACCAGCUGCAAUAAGCAAGAAAGAGACAGCCCUGCCAAACAACCUGCAUCAACAUGGCAGACGUCAAGGUCGCAGAGCCCGUAGCUCCAGCCGCAGCAGUCGAAGCGGAGACGCCAGUAGCGACUACCGAGGCUGCUGCUGCUGAUGCUCCCGCUCCAGCUGCCGCUCCUGUAGAGGCCACCACCGAAGCCGCCGCCGCCCCCGCAGCGGAAGCACCGGCAGCAGUGGAAGAGCCCGCGGCCGAAGUCAAGACUUCUACUGCCGAGAAGAGGAAGAGCCGGUCCGCCGAUAUGCUCAAGAAGCUUCAGUUCUGGAAGAAGGAGAAGAAGGAAACUGCCGUUGCAGCCUAGAUGGAUGGAUGAGCGAUGAAGCGAACGAAGGGUGUUUUGUGGGCAUGAUUUGUUGUUGUUCUGUGGCUUCUUGUUUGGAGCGUCGUAUGAUGAUACCCUUUCGUGUUGAUAUCGGAACACCUAAUCAAACCAUGGCGUCUGCGAUUUUGAGCUG